AUGUUGAAUGCAGAACGUCGUCCAUCAAUGGCAGAACGUCGCCCAUCUUUUUUCUCUCCAGGACCAGAUGGAUCUAUUCAAGCAAGUCCGUUAGUUGUUCCUCAUCUAGCUGGAAUUGAGGAUCCCCUUCCGGAAACAACGCCCGAAAAAGUUGAUGUUGUAAUUGCGGGAACAGGUUUAAUCGAAAGUAUCUUAUCUGCAGCAUUGGCAUGGCAAGGCUCAAGCGUACUUCAUAUUGAUUCUAAUAACUAUUACGGCGAUACAUGGGCAACAAUGACUAUUGACCAGAUAAAGAAUUGGACGGAAAAGAUCAAUGAAGAAACAAGUGAACCAAAAUUUUACAAGGAUGCUAAACUAUAUGUGUCCGGGUUGGUCGCACAAGGUAAAUACAAGUCCAAGAACUUUGGUAUUGAUUUGAGCCCCAAGAUCCUCUUUGCCCAGUCAGAUUUGCUCUCAAUUUUGAUUAAGUCUAGAGUGCAUCAAUAUUUAGAAUUCCAAUCUCUAUCCAAUUUUCACACCUUCGAAAAUGACAAUUUUGAGAAACUAACCAAUACAAAGCAAGAAAUAUUCACAGACCAAACACUUCCAUUAUUGACUAAACGUAAUUUAAUGCGAUUCAUUAAAUUUGUUCUAGAGUUCGAGAAAAAUACAGAUUUAUGGGAACCUUAUGCAAAAAAACCGCUAGCAAAUUUUUUGGUAGAUAAAUUCAAAUUAGAAAAACCUCAAGUCUUUGAACUAUUAUUUUCUCUAGGGAUGUGCCGCAACCUUGACACUAAAACGCCAGAAGGAUUGGCUAGAAUCAGACGUUUUUUGACCAGUUUUGAUGUCUAUGGUCCAUUUCCAGUUCUAUAUUCAAAGUAUGGUGGCCCAGGUGAACUUUCCCAAGGUUUUUGUAGGUCUGCUGCCGUUGCUGGUGCCACUUACAAAUUAAAUCAUAAACUUGUGUCGUACGACCCUAAUUCACAAACAGCAUUUUUCGAAGAUGGCUCUAGGGCUAGGGUAACGGAAAAGGUUGUCAUGUCACCUACUCAACACCCACCUAAUAGUGGUAAUAUCCCUGAUCAAAAAUAUGAAGUUCAUAGGCUUACGUGUGUUGUUGAGAAGGAUUGCUCACAAUGGUUUAGUGAAGGAGAAAAUGCAGCGAUGGUGGUGUUUCCACCAGACUCGUUGAGUUCUGGAAAUCGUGAAUCUGUUCAAGUGUUGAUCUUAGGCUCUGGAGCAGAAGUUUGCGAGCCAGGUACUUCAGUGUGGUAUCUAUCAACAAUUCAACAGGGUCCGCAGGGAAAUUUGGAUUUAGAUGCCGCACUGGAUGCAAUGAUUACAAGUAUAUUAAGAGAGUCUUCUGAAAUACCUGAGGAUGAUGACCUUGUAGAAAUUGGCGCAAACGGUAUUCCAUUGGUUAAUAGCGUGAAACUGGGAAAAUCUUUCAAAGAGCUAAUAUUCAAAGAGCAAGUUAACUUCAUUAUGAAGUUAUACUAUACUCAAUACACAUCUACCCCUCCAUUUGAUGUUGUAACUCCCGAUCUCUUUGAUUUAAACAAAUCAAAUGAAUUUAUGCCUGGUGCAUCAGAUAACGGAAUUCUUUACACGCCGUUACCAUCGGGAGAAAUAUCAUAUGAUGAGGUUAUUACUGCAGCAAAACUCCUUUAUGAAAAGAUAGUAGGAAGCGAUGAUGACUUUUUUGAUAUUGACUUUGAAAAUGAUGAACAGGAUAUCAGAAAUAAUGCGACAAAUAUUGGAACAUUUGAUGAGAAUGCAAUAGCGGAUGAUGAUGAUGAUGAUAUUAGGAUGAUGGAUUCUGAAACAGUUGAAUUUGCCGGAGAAAUGGAAAUAUGA